GGGUUCCAUGUUACUUAACAAUACACGUCUGACUCCAUGUGGAUAAAAAUGUGUGUGUGUGUGUGUAUAUCUUCCUAUUUAUGUCAAGGUAUUUAAAAAAGACGAGUGGGAGAAGCAGUGUAUUAUUAAUAGUGGUAGCCAGUAAGUUGGGAAGGCGAAAUGACCCAUAAAGGAGACUAUCAUAUUUACUCUGUAUGAAUGAAAUAUUUUAAAAAUAAAAAUAUGUUUAUGUUUUGGAUGAUUUGAUCAAAUUUUUUAAAUGGAAGGCUAUAGAGUGCAAUGGCUCACACCUUUAAUCAGGAGUUUGAGACCAGCCUAACCAGAUUCAGUGGAAAUGUUCAUUGGUAGAAAUUACUUAAAAGGAAAUAUAAUGGCAUUCACAAAAAAAUAUGCUCGUAUUUUUUGGGAGGGAGACCCCAUCUCCACUAAAAAUAGAAAAAAAAGAAACUAGCCAGCCAUUAUGGUAGGCACCUGUAGUCCCAGCUACUUGGGAGGCUGAGGUAGGAGCAUUGCUUGAGCCCAGGACUUUGAGGUUGCUGUGAGCUAUGAUGCUACAACACUCUAGCCUGGAACAGCAGAGUGAGACUCUGUCUCUAAGAAAAAAAAAAAAAUCAGCUGACUGUGAGAAGCGUGGUAGACCAAGUAAACAUCAAUAGAGAAACAGGUAAAUACUGGCAUGAGAUCGGUGUGUGCAAAAAUGGUCCCAAAAGAGCUCACCAAUAAACAAAAGCAAAGAAGAGUCAAAGUUUGCCAACACUUUUAGAGAGGCAAGACAAUGUUUUGGGCCAUGUUGUCACUGAUGAUGAAACAUGAGUAUACCAAUACAACCCUGAAAGGAUCAAAGCACACAAUGGAAGUAAGCCAACUCUCCAUGCCCCCAAAAGUUCCAUCAGUCCAAAUCAAGAGUCAAAACAAUGUUGCUAACAUUUUUGAUAUUAGAGAGAAUGGUACCAACUGAAUAGUUAACCAACUUUACUAUUUGAAGGUGCUGAAAAGUCUGUGUGAAAAAGACAAAAAUGAUUCUAACUUCACCUAACAAUUCACGGCUCUUGCCUCAUGACAAUGUACCAGCUCACACGGCACUGUCUGUGAGGAAUUUUUAGCCUAUAAACACAUGACUACAUAAGAACACCCUCUCUACUAACCUGAUCCACCCCCCAAUGACUUUUUUCUUUACCCAAACGUAAGAGAAAUAUUGAAAGGAUAUUUUGAUGACAUUGAAUACAUCAAGGGUAAUACAACAACAUUCUGAUGGCCAUUCCAGAAAAAGAGUUCCAAAAUUGCUUUGAAGGGUAGACUAAGCCCUGGCAUCAGUGCGUUACUUCCCGAGGGGAGGGAAGUCACUUAGAAUGUGACUAUAGUGAUAUUCAGCAAUGAAUAUCCUAUUCUAGGAUGAGUUCAUUAAUUGUCAGACUCAUUUUCAAGGUUUUACCUAUUUUCCUUAAUUGAUUAUUGCACUUUGAUAUUCUGUGAGAUCUUUGGUGAAGAUGUUACAGUACCCAUUAAUUGCUGAUAUCAACAGAACAAGGUAUUUGGAGACAGAAAUAGUAAGUCAAGGCUCAGCUACUUGCCGAUUAGUGACUUCUGCCUAUUACAACUGUACUCUGUUUUCUCAAGCUACAAAAUAGUGGAAGAUUUGGGAGAAGAUAUACCAAAAUGCUUCGGAAGCUAUAAAGCCCUAGAAGUACUUUGUGUUAUAAAAUUGUGACAGGUAGCAUUUAUUAAAAACCAACAAUAGAUACUAAUAAUGUUAACACUAUUCUCAUGUCAGAAAUAAAACAAGAAUGUGUUGACUUUUAUUGAAAUCAGGAGCCAUUUUUUGAGCAGAAUUGUGACAUGAAUAGACUUAUGGUUUUAAAUUAUCUUUUUGGCUGCUGUGUUGAUAGAAAACCAUAGGGGUCAAGGGUGGAAGCAGGGACCACUAAAGGUACUGUUGUAGCCAUUCUUCUCCUUGGCCCUUUUCCCUCUCUUGUCUCUGUUACCGUGUCUCCAGAUUUUUCUCCUGUCUUACCAGCCACUCCUUCAGAACCACUCCUGCCCCAACCUCCAAACACUGGAGCAUUCUAGACUUGGUCCUGAGACCCUUCUUAUACCUCGCACCAUUCACUGGGUGAUCUUAUUUAAACCUAUGACUUUUAAGACCAUCUCUUUGCUGGUCAUGCACAAACUUAGAACUCAAGCACUGAGCUCAUACUCGGUGAGGUGCUAUCCACACUAGAGCUCUUCAUUUCUCCCCAGACCCUUCCUCCCCUAGUCCAGUCUUCCACAUCCCAGUAUAUGGCACUGUGUUUGUUCAAGCCGAAAAAGAAAGUCAUUGGGUUUUUUGUUGUUGUUGUUUUUUUUUUUUAUAGAGACAGAGUUUCACUUUAUCACCCAUGGUAGAGUGCCGUGGCAUCACACAGCUCACAGCAACCUCCAGCUUCUGGGCUUAGGCGAUUCUCUUGCCUCAGCCUCCCGAGUAGCUGGGACUACAGGCGCCUGCCACAAUGCCCGGCUAUUUUAUUGUUGCAGUUUUGGCCAGGGCUGGGUUUGAACCCACCACCCUCGGAAUAUGGGGCCGGCGCCCUGCUCACUGAGCCACAGGCACCACCCAAGAAAGUCAUUGUUAAUGCCUCCUUUCCCUCACCUCCAUAUCUAAUCCAUCAGUAAGACAUUUUCUGAAUCAAAGAGCAAUUUCUAGAAUGCUAUGAAUAAGAUAACCUCAAAGCCCUCAGUGGCUUAAAUAAUGAAUAUUUCUCUCAUAAAACUGCAGAGCUGCAGGUCAGUAAGUAUUUGGCUGAGCUUGGCUAGGCUCAGCUGAUGUGGUAGGCUGCAGACUGCAGGAUAGGACAGGGUCUGGUACAAUCCAUGUAUGUCCAUUUUGAGGCUCAGGCUGCAGGACAGCAGCUACCUCAGGGAUAACCUCAUAGUGAUGGUAGAAGCCAUAGAAAACAGACCAAUCAUGCUGGCACAUUCUGCUCACAUCACUUCCCAUUGGCUGAAGCCAGUCACACAGACAAGCCCAAAAGUCAAGAAUUUGCAAGUAUACUGUGUCCACAGUGAAACCGCAGCAAGGGGAUGGGAUUGAAGAAUUGGGACCAAGUGUGCAAUCAGACUCCUACAACCUUUUGAAGAAUUCUUCCUGUCUCCAAACCCACUAUUACCCUUUUGUCCAAAGACCAUCAUCUUUUGCCCCUAAAGUAUUACCUGUGUCUUCACUACAAUAUCCCUACCACCUAGAGCAAUGUGUCGCACAUAAGAUAUGCUCAGUAAAUAUGUGUUGAAUAAAUAACUCCCAGCUGAUGUCCCUGCUUACAUUCAUUCCCCUUUAAACCCUUUCCACAGAGCAGUCAGAGUAAGGUUUUUAAAACAUGAAUCCUAUUGUGCCAGUUCCAGUUUAAAUCCCUACCCUAACUUCUCUUUGCACUGGAACUCCUAUGGAGAGCUUUUAAAUGUCCAUCCUUGAUCCAGCCUGGCCUGGCUCCCCAGAUGCAUCUGGCACCACUAACUCCAGCCCAGCAGCUUCCUUCUCCCUCAGAUACGCCACACACUGUUCAUGUGCAAGACCUUUGUAUUUGCUUGUCCCUCUGACUGCAGUGCUUUUUCUCAGGCGCUAGCUUACUCUCCUUCUCGGCUUCAGCUAAAGUGUCACCUCCUUAGGCCUUGCUCCACCAUCAGCUACCAACUGCCAACCACCGUCCUCAGUCCUCCUCCCCCAUCAUGCUGCAUCACCGGCACCUUGUUUACUCCUCCCGCUAUAUGUAUCACUCUCUGAAAUCACCAUGUCUUGUUCAUCACUGAUCUCUAACAUGUAUAGUGUCUGGCACAUAUUAAGUGCUCUAAAAAAAUACGUGGAGUGAAUAGACAAGAAACUGGGUGGCACCUGUGGCUCAGUGUAUAGGGCACCGGCCCCAUACACUGAGGGUGGCAGGUUCAAACCCGGCCCUGACCAAACUGCAACAACAACAAAAAAAAGAACAAGAGAUGAAUAUACGAGAAACCUUUUUCCACCCAUUUUUAGAGAAUUUCUCUCCUGCCUUUUUUUUUUUUGUGGUUUUUGGCCGGGGCUGGGUUUGAACCCUCCACCUCCGGCAUAUGGGACCGGCACCCUACUCCUUGAGCCACAGCGCCGCCCUCUCCUGCCUUUUAUUUUCAUCUACUCAUCUAUAUGCAAAAAGGGUUCUGUAAAUCCAAAUCACAUCAAGUCAAGCUGAAUAAAAAUAUUGGAAUGCACUUGUUAAUAAAGAAGAAAUUGGGAACCUGAUGAGUUGCUUCAGCAUGUGCUGUGGGAUACUCAUGCCAGGAGCCUUGGAAGUGCCAAUCUGUGAUAGUGAGGAUCUCGGGGAGACCUGCCCUGCUGUCUACCCACCCCCCCAACCCCGCUGUCAACAUGCUGCCCUGUUGAUCUGCCUUGCCUGGCUUGUCUCUUCCUCUUUCUCAUUCUUAUCCCUGGCUAACAGACUGUUUUUUCCCUGCCUUCGUCCCCCACCCCUACAUACUAUGAACUUCAUGAAGGCAAGGAUCCAAUACUUUUUUUCUGGUCCUGAGUAGGUGCUCAACCCAUUGUGGAAGAAAGGAAUGAAUGUCUCAAAGGAGAGAAAGAAAUCUGAGAAGGUGUUGAAUUCCUCCUCCUCCUAGUCUUCCCAGAUUAAGGUUACCUCCAUCUUUGCAAAGUCUACAUCUCAGCACUAUAUAUAAUAUCUCCACGAAGUAUAAAUGUUCACUGGUUUUUUUCAUCCUCAGAAUGGCCUACACGUACAUUUAUAAACCCAGCCUCUGUGUGCCUGCUGAUGUGUGUGUGAGAUCCUUUGUUUAGUUGAGAGCUUGCAGAAGGAGGGAUUUAGCUUAACAUAUUUGAGAUCAUGAUAGGAUAAAUCUGAUAAAGUUGAGCUCUAUUCUGUACAGACAAUUUCCUCUAAGGGUGGAGACAACUUUUCCUCUUCCCUGAAGAAAAGUCUGUUGUUUAAAGUCGAACCCUUAAAUAUAUCUUCAGGGAAGUAUAUCAAUACUUUCCCUAUUAUCUCUUUAAGAGUCUAACCUUAAACUGUGUGGUUUCCUCAUCUGUAAAAUGUUCAUUGCCUAGUAUAGAACCUUUUUAGUAGUAAUAAAAGGGUCUUGUCUUUCAAAACUUGUAGAAAAGAAGAGUAGAAUUUAAGAAAAAGAAACACAAUUAAAUAUUGUGUGGAGGAGCGGAGGAGCAGAUUACAGGAACUGCAACAGAGCUAUAAGGUGAACUGCAGGAAGAUCCCAGCCUUGUACACGUGGGGCAGAGCCAGCAGAGAGGCCAGCGCUGUCCAUGAGAGAAUGUCUCCCAGCCUUCAGGAUGGUGCUCGACUUGGGGAAAGCAAACCCUCACCCUGCUCCUUUUCAAUAGAGAGCAUCUUAGGACUGGACCAGAAGCAAGACUCUAUUCCAUCAGUGAAACCCCACAGGCCCUGGACAGACACGUGCAGUUCCUCAGGGAAAGAUGGUAACCUAUGUUUACAUGUCUCAAGUCUUCCCAGUGGGAUCCCAUUCCCUUGCAUAUUGGAUCACCCAAUGCCAGAAGAAAAAGCUUUGAAGUAUGAAAAUUCCUUUUCAGCCUCAGAAAGACUGACUUUGAAAAGAGAGUUGAGUUGGUAUAGAGGCCGAAGACCCAGAACUGCUUUUACUCAAAACCAGAUUGAAGUGUUGGAAAAUGUCUUUCGAGUAAACUGCUAUCCUGGCAUUGAUAUCAGAGAAGACUUAGCUCGAAAAUUGAAUCUAGAGGAAGAUAGAAUUCAGAUUUGGUUCCAAAAUCGUCGUGCAAAGCUGAAAAGGUCCCAUAGAGAAUCACAGUUUAUAAUGGUGAAAAAAAAUUUGAACACAAAUUUCUUGGAAUAGAUAGAAAACUAAACAUGUGAAAUUAUCUUCUAAUUGCAGAGCAUGACAAAUCAAUGGAAAUAUGAAGUGUUGAAAAUGUGAUUUUUUUCCUGCAUUUAAUCUGAAUAUUGUCUUUUUUUCCUGAAAAUAUAUUGUAAAUAAUUACUAUUGUAACAUGGUACAUAUUCUAUUUGGGCACUUUUAGUUAUAAGACUUUUCCUAUAUAUUUUAAUAAACAUGUUUAGAAAAGAUGGCUAUUUUUUAAGUGAGCAAAGUUAAUCUAAUAUUAGUUUGCUAAAAUCAGUAAAUUCAUGACUAAGUGAUUCUAUAAGAUUUCAUUUACAAAGUGUUUCAAGUAAAAUAAUCUGAAGAA